CAACCAAUUAGUACGAAUAAAUUGAGUUCUUGAGAGUUUAUGUAUGAAUCUUAUGAGAAUGUUUGUACGAGAAAUUCAAACGGAUCAAUUAAACCAAACUAUACCAUUUUGAAAAAAUUUGACUCAAUCGACCCGUUUGGCAUCACAUAUUUUGGACGAAAUCUGAGGAAUUUCGAAUUGACUCAUUUUGAUCAAUCGAUCCGUUUGGCAUAAUUUUUUUUGGACGAAAAGAAAUUUGAGGAAUUUCGAAUUGACUUAUUUUGAGAAAAAUAUAAUUGCCUGAGGUGAGUAUAUAUCAUUUUUUUUUUUUGCCUGAGAUGAAUAAUUGAAAACAACUUAUAUUUUUAAAGUGACACGUUUUACAAUUUAUCCAUCCAAAACAGCACUAUAUGAUUUGCUUACAUGGUUCCAUAUGAAUAUUUAAAAUUAAUCAAAGAAUUGGAUUUUCAUUCCAUCUUAUGAGAUCAAGUAAUUAACCCGUUUUGGAAAGUCGGACGACCCUUAUAGGAAAGAAUUGAAGAAACCCAGCCCAAAACUAAUUCUGACCCACAAAAGGACUACUAACAGAAGAAACUUAGCCCGGCCCAGACAGCCAGACUAAGAAAACCCAGAUCCAUGAUGGCCCAGUUGUCAGUUUAAUUUAUAUAUCGUUAUUCUCUCUGGAAGUAUUUAUUCUUCAAAUGCAUGAGAGAGACUGUUUUAAAAUCCCCUCGCCAUUCUUCAAAAAAAAAAAAAAAAAAAAAAUCCCCUCGCCGCAGCAAAGUACUGUUCAAAGCAACAGCACUGCCUUUUCUCUCGUCCAUUCACCUUUUUCGCUUCCUCUCAGUUGCUCUAGAAACCCCUAACUCUAUACUCUCCCACCGAGAAAUGGCCGCCGCAGCACCUCCGCCGCCGCCAACCCCGGCUCCCACGCCGCCCACUGGCCUGCCGCAGUCCGAUUCCACCGCCCCAUUCGGCCAUACCCUCUUCUCCCGCAUCAGGCUGGCUACACCGGCCGACGUCCCCCACAUCCACAAACUCAUCCACCAAAUGGCCGUCUUCGAGAAGCUCACCCACAUCUGCUCCGCCACCGAAUCCGACCUCUCCUCCACCCUCUUCAACUCGCCUCCUUUCCAGUCCUUCACCGUCUUCCUCCUCGAAAUCUCACACUCCCCAUUUUUCAAUCCACCGCCUUCUUCUGGUAGUGGUUUCGCCCCGAUCGACCGUAUCGUCAACUUGGACCUUCCCCUGGUCGACCCGGAAGCCGAAUCGUUCAAGAGUAGCAGCAGCGGGCCCGAGAACGACGUUGUGGUUGCCGGAUUCGUGCUGUUUUUCCCCAAUUACUCCACUUUCUUGGCCAAGCCAGGGUUCUAUGUGGAGGAUUUGUUCGUGAGGGAGUGUUACAGGAGGAAAGGGUUUGGGAGGAUGCUGUUGUCUGCUGUGGCGGCACAGGCUGUGAAGUUGGGUUAUGGGAGGGUCGAGUGGGUGGUGCUUGACUGGAAUGUGAACGCCAUUAAGUUCUACGAAGAGAUGGGCGCAAAAGUCUUGCCUGAGUGGAGGAUUUGCAGGUUAACUGGCCCUCAGCUUGAAGCGUAUCGCGAUGCUAUGUAGAAUGGUUGAGUGGCUUUGUAGUAUUACUAUUACAACUUGUUUAUCAGGUCCUUUAUUUCCUUGCAAGAGUUUCUUUCAUUGAACUCUGCUGCUAAAUUAAUGAAAUCUUACUGUUCGU